GCCAGGGGCAGGGGCAGGGCCCGCCUCAGAACUCCGCUCGCCCCAUCUCCAAAGGACCUGCACCUCUGCUCCUCUGCCCUGCCCAGCCUUCUGCCAUGGCCAAGGUGAUCGUCAACCCCACGGAAACGGAACGCUGUAUCGAGUCCCUGAUCGCCGUCUUCCAGCGUUAUGCCGGCCAGGAGGGAAAUAACUGCACCCUAUCGAAGACCGAGUUCCUCAAAUUCAUGAACACCGAACUGGCUGCUUUCUCUAAGAGCCAGAAGGACCCAGGCGUCCUGGACCGGAUGAUGAAGAAACUGGACCUCAACUGUGACGGGCAGUUAGACUUCCAGGAGUUCCUGAAUCUGAUUGGGGGCCUGGCCCAGGCCUGCCACGCCUCAUUCACGGCCGCACCACCCGCCACCCACCUCCAGCACAAGAAGAUCUGAGCCAGCCCCCUCCCCUCCUCCCCUACAGCAGAGCCAACGACACCCCCAGAGUCCCCCAUCCAUUCCACACUGAAGCCCCCUCCCCUGUCCUAUAGCAAACUCUGACACCCCCAUUCCACACUGACAACCCCCUCUUCUACUAUACAACAGAGCCCAUGACACUCCCAGACAUCCCCCCAAUUCCACAGUGAAGACCUCUCCUCUGCCACCUCCCCUAUUCCCAGAACCGCCCCCCCAAAAUAAUAAUAAUAAUAAUAUUGU